AUAAACGGUCUGUGCCUUUAUCUGCCGUAAGGAAAUUGGUGCUUACUGCAGCGAUCUUUCUGACAGAGAGUAUCCCGACGCAGAAUGAUUUUUGCAUUUACUUACUCCAAACACGAAGUAGCUAGGCGCACAGGCGAAAAACGGAGCGAGGAAACUGCAGGAGAGAGCGAGCGUACAACGCCUUCCGGUGCACCAAAUGUGAUUGUACUGUGGAAAUCUGACACGCGAAACCAAGGUGAGAGUGAGCGCGAUACUGAUCGUGUGAAGGAGCUGCGUGAAAUGCAUAUGGAAUAGCACGAACACAGCCCAUCCGUAGGGAAAUAUUCUACGCUGCGGCAGCACGAGAUACUUGUAAAUCGCGAAAGACAUAUAACACAGACAAACUUCUAUAAAGAGAUUCUACUGAAGUAGAUGGUCGUUCUGAUAUAAAGGAAGACGAUUUUUCACGACGAGUCGUCAUUAGCGGGGAUAAAUACGCGGUAACGAAGAAUCGUAGACAGUGACAUCGGUGUUUACUGGUGUCGUUACUCGCCAGCUGAGCCUUUAACUUAAUGACAUGUCGGAAGAUUGACGUUUACGAGGGGAAGUAAACGUUUGCUCAGUUCAUUCAAGGUAAAUAUAAGGAAGUAGGAGAGAAAGAUAUAAAGCAGCAACGAAACGAUAUUUCUGGGUAAAAGGUGUGCGUUCAGCGGGUCCCGCAAGUCUAACGCACAACAAGUCGAGCCGGCUCGUCGUUUUAAUCGUCCCUUUGUUUUUCGUGUGUACCUUCAUUUGCCGCAUGCAAAACAUCCCUUUCACAAAUUUGCAACGCGAAAGUCGACGCGGGCAGGAAACAAGACAGGAGCACCGUGAGAAGAUCGGACGGAAGUUCGCAACGCAGUCUGCAGUUUUCUUUUCGUUGAGACAAUCGUCGCAUCUCACGGAUGAACGGAGGACGUUAGUAUUUGCCGCCGCACUUGUCCACGUCUGGCAGUAAUGUCUAUCAUCGCCUUCCUGGUGCCAACAACGUGACGCACGGUGACGGAAUAUCGAUUGAGCGACGGCAGAAAGAAGAGAAGAGGCGCAUCGACGAAUUUUAAACUCACUGGAAAGAACGACGUGUUGAGAAGCGCAAUGGCGGAUCUCUGCUUCACAAAUUCGAUUUUAAUGCUCUUUUUCCGAGCUGUCGCAAAGAGAAUGAUUUACGACGUUCUUCCACUUUUCCGACGAGGCAUCAAUCCACAUGACAAUUAACAGACUGCCCACACACGUACCGUUUGGUCAAGCUCGUGAGAAUGCAGUGAAAUUCCAUUUGGAACGAUGCUAACGACGACAACCCUCGAUGGACGUGCGUCCGUGUUUUUGUUUGGCCUCGUAUACGCGCGCAUGUGAUUUCCAUUUGAUCUGACGAUAAAAAGAGCGCGACUCUAACUACAUCCACGUUCAUACUGUUUUUCAGUUUCACCGUAUCCAUAUAAAGUUUACGCUUCAUACAGUGGAAUUUACAUUGAUUGAGUGAAUCGAACAAGGACAGAGCCGUUCGUCUCCGAUCCUCCUCAUAAUGUCACCGGCAAUAUCAUUUUGCUUAUUAGUGACGACUUUGGCGCUAAUGUCAGCUGUAAGGAGCACGACUGGCACGAGAUACAAGAUCACUGUGAGGGACGACGCAUUAACGCGGACGGAAAGUAAAAAUCUCAGGACCAUCCUGAAUUACGUUCGAAACGAGCAGCGAAUGUAUCCGACGACGAUGUCUCUCGUGUACCUCAACACGCAUUCCGACCUGGUGGACUUUGUGUCCAAGUACGUGGCAAGCGAGUCGAUCGUCAGCUACAAGAUCACGACGAGCAGCCUGUCGUGGAAAUCCUCGUGGCAGAAUCGCGUCGAUCUCAUAUGGAUCUUGAUCGUCGACGACAUCGAUCUGCUGGAUUUCUUCGUACACGAGCAGAGCCACAUCUGGAAGGCCACCAACCAGUAUCUGAUCAUCAUCACCGCCGAGAACGUCGCGACGAGAGAGCCGCCGCGAGAAAUCUUCCAGAGCGUUUGGAGGAGCUACAAUGUCCACCGGAUCGUCACUGUCUCGAUUCAGGAGGAAUUUCGAUGUUUGAGCAGAUACUUUCCGUUCGAGAAGAAUCAACAGAGCAAAUACGGCGUCGUGCGCAAGAUCUGCCCGAUGGAUCGGCAAGCCGACGAGGAGCUGUACGACAAAGUCGAGAAGCUCAACGGGUACCCGAUACGCGUGAUCGUGUUUCAGUCUCAGAUGAUGCACGUGGAGUACAACGAGGACACAGGCAACAUCACGUACACGGGGCUGGACGCGGACGUGAUGUUCCUGCUGGAGAAAAUGAUGGAGGCGACAUUCCGCAUCGAGGUGAUACACGAUUAUUACAACGACGAUCCCUUUCAUUCCGCCCUUCAGCAUAUAGAGGACGGUGAGUCAGACUUGAUCGUCACCAGCUACUUUCUGCACGAAUACGAGGAGUACCACCAAUUCGAGUUCACGACCAGCUUCUACGAGGACCAGCUGUGCCUGAUCGCUCCCGCCGCUGGCUUCAUGCCGAAAUCGUACAUGCCGAUAUUGCCGUUCACGCCCGAAGUGUGGGCGCUCCUCGCGGCGUACAACUUCUUCGUGACCGUGCUGUGGUUUCUCAUCAAGUACUACAGCGUCUCGUUUCGUCGGCGAAAUGCUAUCAUACUUCCCUUAACGAUCGACAGAAGAUCAGCGACGAAGGGACUCGUAACGGUGUCGACGUCACGACAGCCGGAUUUAUCGGACUCGCCGCCGAGAAUACACCCGUACGUUUUAUCGUGCUUCGAUCUCGCCGAGACAUGGUGCUAUCCGUUGAAGGAAAACGGCGGUGGUGUCGAUAGCACAACCGCUCAGAAAGCCCUCUUGUUAGGCACACUCUUCUUCGGCCUCAUCGUCACCGGCCUCUACCAGAGUUGUCUGGUGUCCAGCUUGAGCGACCCCUUUCAUUAUCCCGAGCUGAAAACUCUGGAGGACGUGGCUAACUCCAAUCUCACGAUAGUUACUAAGUACGACAACCUGAAACAGAACACGUUCACGGAGAACACUACUUUGGCCAAGAGACUGAAGAAUAAGGUGAAGGUAGUCUUCUCCGACAAACGCACCAACGACAUGGUGGCCUUCGGCAAGGACGUAAUCGCCCUCGGCCGUUACGCGUCGAUCAAGCUGGACAAUUUGUCCAAUUACUUUGACGAAGAUGGUAACGAGCUGCUUCACAUAGUCGAAGAGUUUCCAACUACCUACUUGUUGUCUUACGUGGUGCAGAUUUACUCGCCGUAUCGGGAAAGGAUCAACGACUUACUAUUACGUAUGCAGGAAGCGGGUCUCGUGGGGCUGUGGUAUAGAAACAUGGUGUAUCCGAUGUACGCGGACGAGCAGCGGAGAAAAAUGGCCAAGAGCGAUAGGAGAAUCAAAUUAACUUUGGAAUAUUAUUCCCUCACGUUUCUGGGGCUCUCGCUCGGUUUACUUUGCUGCGCUAUCGUGUUCCUGGCGGAACUGUAUUUCGCUAACCGGCUCUGUCGGAAAACGCGCGCUAAUUUUCGCUGUAUCGCAAAAUAGAAUUUACUCUUUCCAUUUUACGUGGCGCAAGUUUGUUUUCUUUUCGACGGCUCUCGAUGCGUUUGUUCGCGCGGACCCUCCCGCCGAUAAUUCGCCGAAAUUCGAGCGCGCCACUCGAAUCGUUUUAACGGAGCGCUUCACAUAUCUGAUAAACUGAC